AUGGCAAAGGGUAAGAAUCAUGAUCGUAAAGCUACACCAGGCUUUGGUAAACAGAAACUGAAGUCUGGUUCUUCUGGUGGAGAAUUUUCUCUCAAAAAAGUAAAAGGAGAGAAUUUUUACCGAGAUGCUAAAGCUGCGUCCAGGGUGAAGAUGCUCAAUGGCGGUAAAGCCGUCAGAGAUAAAGAUGGAAAGAUCACCGAAGCCGCAGCUUUUCAAAAAGGUGAAAAAGAUGUUGAGCCAGGUAGAGUCAAAGCUGAUCGAAGAUGGUUUGGUAACACAAGGGUCAUAUCACAAACCGCUUUGGAUCAUUUUAGGACUGCAUUGAGUGAACAAAAAGCCGAUCCUUACUCUGUCUUACUUAGAAGGAAUAAACUUCCUAUGGGUUUAUUAGAAGACGAAUCGAAGAAUGGCGGAAAACGAUCACAUAUCGUCGAGACCGAACCUUUCUCUAACACGUUCGGACCUAAAUCGCAAAGAAAACGGCCUCGUCUUGAUAUUGGUUCAAUCGAGGAAUUGGGUGAAUCAUCGGCAGCAGUUGAUGCUUCUGCGGAUGUCGAAGCAGCCCAAAACGUUACUGCCGAUUUAGCAGAUAUCUACCACCCCACCACUUCCACAGCACGAGAACCCAUCUACCAGAAAGGUACUUCCAGACGUAUCUGGGGUGAAUUAUACAAAGUUCUCGAUUCUUCCGAUGUAGUCAUUCACGUACUCGACGCUCGUGAUCCCCUAGGUACAAGAUGUAAACCUGUUGUGGAAUACCUUCGAAAAGAAAAGGCUCAUAAACAUUUGGUAUACGUACUCAACAAAGUCGAUUUGGUACCCACUUGGGUCACUGCUCGAUGGGUCAAACACCUCUCACUUUCCGCUCCUACCAUUGCUUUCCACGCUUCUAUCAACAACUCCUUUGGUAAAGGUUCCCUCAUCCAACUUCUUCGACAGUUCUCAGUUCUCCACUCUGACAAGAAGCAAAUCUCCAUCGGUUUCAUCGGAUACCCCAAUGUCGGUAAAUCAAGUAUCAUCAACACGCUGAAAAAGAAGAAGGUCUGCACUGUCGCCCCCAUCCCUGGUGAGACCAAAGUGUGGCAAUAUAUCACAUUGAUGAAACGAAUCUACUUGAUCGAUUGUCCUGGUAUCGUACCUGUGUCAGCUAAAGAUUCCGAUACCGACACCGUCCUCAAGGGUGUAGUGCGAGUUGAAAAUCUUGCCACUCCUGCCGAACAUAUCCCAGAGAUGCUUGAGCGAGUAAGAGCGGAGUACAUUGAACGAACAUACGGACUUGAACAUCGUGAAGGUGGUUGGCAUGGUGAACCAGGGGCGACUAUACUGUUGACCGCCAUUGCCAAGAAAUCCGGUAAAUUGUUGAAAGGUGGUGAGCCCGAUCAAGAAGCUGCCGCUAAAAUGGUGUUGAACGAUUGGAUCCGAGGUAAAAUACCUUUCUUCGUGCCCCCUCCUGAUAAAGAACAGGUCGCAGUUAAAGGCGAAGAGAAACCUGAUCAAGCUCAAGAGAAGGAAAUGCGAGAGACGAAAGAAAUGCUCGAAGAGCAAGAAAGGUCACUGGGCAAAGUUCUCGGUGAGAAGAGAGUUAAAGGUGUUCAACAGCCUAUCAGCAAGAUUGUCACCAUGACCAAGUUUAUCGGCGAUGAUGCUAUUAGAUACAAGGAAGAGGAUUCCAAAGAUGUUGAGAUGGGUGAAGAAGCUGAAGAGGAUGAGGAUGACGACGACGACGAUGAAGAGGAGAAAGAGGGAGAAGCUGGCGAAUUAGCUUGGGACGAUAUCUUCCCUGGUGAUGCUGCUGGUCCAUCCAAAUUUGCCUCUUUACCUGUUGAUGCGGAAGACGUGGAGAAAGAGGAUGACGAUGAGGACGAUGACGAGGAGGAGGAGGACGACGAAGAUGAAGAUGAAGAUGAAGAUGAAGAUGAAGAUGAUGUAGCACUGGAAUUCGCCCCUCCAUCAGACAAGAAGGCGGGCAAACGAAAAGCCGAGGAAGUCGCCGAGGAAGAGGACGAGCCUACUUCCAAGAAGGAGAAGAGAAUGACGACUAAUAAAAAGAAGACUGAGAACUUUUACACUCAUGCAAACGUUAAAAACAGAAACAGGGACCGACAAUUACCCAAGAAUCCAUUCAAGAGGCACCGAGAUGCUGAUGAGGAACCAACGGGUAAAAAGAGGCCCAAGAGUAAGAAGUAUUAG